UCUGCAAAUCGUCUCUCCGCGUUGUCUCGUCUCGAUUCUCUUCUCGCUCUCGAACACCCCAACGAGAGGACCAAUCUCCUAGGGUUUCGGCUGCUUCCGACCGAGAGAGGAGAUGACGACGGCGGCGCGGCCGACGUGGGCGCCGGCCAAGGGCGGGAACGAGCAGGGCGGCACGCGCAUCUUCGGGCCCUCCGGGAAGUACUCCUCCCGCGACCUCGCCGCCCACACCUCCCUCAAGCCCAGAAAAGAGGGACAGCAAACUCAAGAGGAGUUACAGAAGAGGAACCUCAGGGAUGAGCUUGAGGAGCGUGAACGCAAGCACUACUCGUCCAAGGAUAAGUCCUAUGUUGAAGACAGAGACCGGCGAAAAAGUUCGAGCUUGCUCCUAGAAGGUUCUAAACGAGAUGCUGAGGAUAAGAUAGUUGCACGAGAAAUCGAUGCAGAUGACUCUGACAUGGAGCCCAAAAGUGAUGAUGAAAGUGAUGAAGAUGAUGACGAUGAUGACACUGAGGCUCUAAUGGCAGAGCUCGAGAGGAUUAAAAAGGAAAGAGCCGAGGACAAGCUUAGAAAGGAGCGUCAGCAAGCAGAAGAAGAGGCCAAGAUGAAGGAGGCUGAGCUCAUGCGAGGAAACCCACUAAUCAAUAUGAACAACUCUGGCUCCUUCAACGUAAAGAGAAGGUGGGAUGAUGAUGUUGUAUUCAAGAACCAGGCUCGUGGAGAGAUCAAGACGCCAAAACGGUUCAUCAACGACACCAUCAGGAGUGAUUUCCACCGCAAGUUUCUGCAUAGGUACAUGAAAUGAUGCUGUAGUAUGAUUUAUGUUGCCUGGCUGGGUACCUUCUGGCCUCCUGGAAAGACCUGUGAUGUUUCUGUACUCCAAAGAUCAAUUUGUAUGACAUUACUGUAACAUAUGCUCUAUCUGGAUGGUGAUAUUUUUACCCUCUUCGUAAGAGUAAAGAAACAACUACUUGUGUAUAACUGAUGCCGCGUUGAAACUUUGGUAUGCCUUUAUUAGUAUUUGUUCUACGAAAA